CUCGGCAUCGGUCUGUGGGCGUCAUCAUGGUGUGUGGGCUGAAGCGUUUUUGAGAGAGACGAGUUUGUUUUCAAUCGAUGGGACGCAGGCAUUUUUAUUUUUACGGUAAUGCUCUCGCAAGGGGUGUCGUCGUUGUUCCGCGGACCGCUAUGGGGAAAAUCGUCGGCGCGCGAUGUACAGUUACGAAAUAAAUUUUAAGCAGAACGAUACGACGGUGCGUACGAUGUCGAGUACGGGACAAGUUUCUCUUGAACCUCGACUUGCGCGGAGAUACAAAUGGAUGACUGUUGCAUUAUCGGUGUUGCUCGCAGCCUCACCAAACUUUACGAAAGCCGACGGGAUAACGUACGAUAUCGCGAAGGAUAAUCAGUGUCCCGUCGAAUGCUCGUGCCUUGGGAAUGUGGUUGACUGCAGUAGCUUGCAAUUGAUCGGGGCACCCAGCGAACUACCACCAUGGACAGAGAUCUUGGACCUUAGUGCCAACAAGCUUGGAGAUAAUUUUACAAUUGUUCUAUCAGAAGAUGCACAUUUACAAGGGCUUAAAAUAAAUAAAAAUCAAUUAACAGAAGUGCCAGAUAUGUUCUUUGUCAAAAAUAUAACGCACCUUGCGUUGGCUCAUAAUUCAAUUACCGAUAUAAAUGGGACUGCUUUACUCAUGAUGCAAAGACUUCAAAAUUUGGACAUUAGUGGGAAUAAAAUAAGCGUUAUUCGAAAUGGGUCCUUUUUUGCACCCAAUUGCCUUACACAUUUAAACUUAAACAUGAAUCAAAUAAGGAUAAUUGAAAAUGGAAGUUUAGAUAAUCUAACAUGCUUGGAAGAAUUACGUUUGAAUAAAAAUCAUUUGACUCAGCUGAAAGAUCUUUUUACGAAUUUGAAAAAAUUGCGUAUAUUAGAAAUAAAUAGGAACGAAUUGCAAAUAAUUCAAGGCCUUAGCCUUACAGGCUUAAAAAAUCUGAAAGAAUUGCGUUUAAAGAGAAAUAAAAUUGAAACGUUACAUGAUGGUGCCUUCUGGCCACUCGAAAAUUUAACGAUUCUACAACUUGACUUUAACUUGUUGACCACAGUGAGAAAAGGUGGUCUUUUUGGCUUAGAGCAUUUACAAAAGUUAACAUUAUCACACAAUCGUAUACACACCAUUGAAAUGCAAGCAUGGGACAGAUGCAAAGAGAUUGUAGAGUUAGAUUUAUCACACAACGAAAUGACGAGUAUUGAAAGAGAUACUUUCGAAUUUCUGGAAAAACUGGAAAAACUCAAACUGGACCACAAUCAAAUCAUUUAUAUUUCGGAUGGUGCAUUUUCUUCUACUCCUAAUUUGCAAAUAUUGGAACUGAACUUUAAUAAAAUUUCAUACAUGGUGGAAGAUAUUAACAGUGCCUUCAGUUCACUUGGACAAUUAUGGAAACUAGGGUUAGCAUACAAUAAAAUAAAGUCGGUAAACAAGAAUGUCUUUACUGGAUUAAGUAGUGUAACUGAACUCGAUUUAAGUGGGAACAAUGUAACGAGUAUCCAAGAAAAUGCAUUCAUUUCAAUGACUAGUCUAACGAGAUUGAGAAUGAAUACAAAAGCUUUAGUUUGUGACUGUGGCUUACAAUGGUUAAGUAUGUGGUUACGUGAACACAGCUACAGUGACACGGAAGUUUAUUGCGGGUUUCCACAUUGGCUACAAGGAAUGUCGUUGAUUCAACUUCAUCAUAAAAAUUUUACAUGUGACGAAUAUCCAAAACCAAGGAUUACCGAAGAACCUAAAAGUCAAAUGGGCGUUAAAGGCAAUAACGUGACGUUAGUUUGUCGAGCAACGAGUACUGCCAGUGCGCCAUUACAUUUUACCUGGAAGCAUGGUAACGUUGAAAUGAAUGACGCCAGUCUGCAAAUAAAUACCUCUGUAGAGAACGGUGUAACAGUGGCAUCUUCUAUUUUACAUCUUAUUAAUGUUACUCAUGAAAAUGCUGGAAAAUAUCAGUGUAUGGUGUCCAACACUUAUGGGACGACAUAUUCUACUAAAGCAAAACUAAACAUUAUAAUUUAUCCGUCUUUUUCAAAAAUUCCACACGACAUACGUAUAGCCGCUGGCAACACUGCUCGACUCGAGUGUUCGGCAGAAGGGCAACCAUCGCCGCAAAUAGCGUGGCAAAAAGAUGGCGGUAACGACUUCCCAGCAGCAAGAGAAAGACGAAUGCACAUGAUGCCUACUGACGAUGUACUGUUCAUCGUCGAUGUGAAAACUGCCGAUAGCGGUGUUUACUCGUGCACUGCGCAAAAUCUUGCCGGCAAAAUCAUUGCGAAUGCUACUCUUACGAUACUGGAAACACCGUCAUUCGUAAAACCAAUGGAAAAUAAACAAGUGACGGUUGGUGGUUCGAUUGUAUUGGAGUGCAUGGCAAGUGGUAUGCCCAGACCGAAACUAUCCUGGCGCAAGAACGGAGAUCCUCUGCAAGCGACUGAACGGCAUUUCUUUACGGCCGAAGAUCAGUUGCUGAUAAUUGUCGAUACUAAAAUUAGCGACGCCGGUAGCUAUGAGUGCGAAAUGAGCAAUUCAUUGGGUAGUGUCGUUGGUGCGUCCCACCUUACAGUGAAACCAGAAAUACUGCGUGUUGCAGCUCCUAGUCCCAACGAGGACGACAUAUUAGGUUUGAUAAUAAUCACUGUUGUAUGCUGCGCUGUUGGCACGUCCAUAGUAUGGGUGGUUAUAAUUUAUCAAACCAGAAAGCGAUUGAACGUUGUUGCGCAGACCACAAAUUCACAACCGUCGUCAACUAUAGCAGCUACAGUAGCAGACACACAGACACACAUAUAUUUGGAAACGAGUUCUCAGCAUAGUAAAGACAGCGGUACAGGGGACAGUACCAAUCCUAGUAGCGAUCAAUUACAAUUAUGUUUACCCGAGGAGAUCGUUACGUGUUCAGUGAACAACGAGGAGGAGACGAAUGCAGUGAUUGGGGCACCAUUGCUACGGUACACGAACCACGAACGACAUAUUCGGGAGAAUAAAGACUGCGCUGUCUAAAGAAAUGGAAAUUUAAAGUAAUGCUUCUCUUAUGAUCGUUUUAUCGUGGUCCGUGCACGAACGUUUUCCUUCACUGUGUGCAUGAGAACAAUUGAAAAAUCGUGCGCGAUCAAACGUUGUUUGAACCAUUUGACAACAAAUUACGGUACAGCAAUUUGUUAAUUUGUGACUCAUGAACAUUAAUUAAGUCGUGAUGUGUACGCGAUAGAUGUGCGAUGAAAGUACAAGCGACAAUCGGUCAUUGUCGUAUUUAUUACAAAAAACAUUUGUUAAAGCAGCGAUACGUAAACUAGAAAGUACUAAUGAUUUGUAAAUAUUUAACGUAAGAACUCGUAAUUGGUGUGUAAGAACUCAUCGAGGAAAGAGUAAAGUAACACGUAAAUACUUUGUGACACCGGGAAUUACCAUAACCCGCAAAAGCCACUUAUAUUAUAGAUCAGUCUUUUGUGAUAGAUAUUUAUUUUUAGGAUUACUUAAUUACUAUUAGGCAACGUUUAUAUUUAUAAUGUCCCAUGACGUAAGUUUGCCUCGUUCUGCGGAAAGCAAGGGGGGGAGGGGGGAAAUAGGAAAAAAGAAAAAAUCAGAAUGAGAAAGGGAAACAUAUACGUACACAAGUCCACGCACACGUAUUUUACAUAUGCAACAAAAUGUUAAUUGUGCGAGCGGGUGUGUAUAUAUAUAUAUAUAAGUAUAUACAUGGGUGUGUGUAUGUGUACAAUUGUUGCGCACCAAAGUGCUGAUGUAGACACUUGAUAAUUUGUCUUCCUCUUUAUUUCUUAUUUAUAGUUAAUCGCUAUGUUACAUCUAAUAAUUUAAUCGGCUGAUAACGAUUGCUCAUCACCAGAUAGAGAUAUCAGUACCAAUUUUCAAGUAUCUGUCUGUGUAUUAUUAUCGCUUGAGGUCAAUGAUUUCCCUUUAGUAUUUAAUUUACUAAAAACUUGUAGCGUCCAUUCAUGUGCGAAGAAUAGCGUAUUAGUAUGGAGUGAGUUUGGUUGAUUCGCAAGUGUCGUUUUAAUCGAGAAAGAAUUAAUUACGAAGAAACAUUUUUUUUUUAUUUUUAAAUCAAUACUUUGGUUCUUGUGCAUUUCGUUAGAAAAUUUAAACAUAAGUAGUGUGGUAAUUAGCGGCGAAACGACGGUGUUAUUUUGUAGAGAAACUCCAGUGGAUUUAAUCUUUUUUCCUUUUCUUAAAAGUUCGAGUUAAUUUGUGAUAUUCUGCAUGAGAACGAUUUGAAAUUAUAUUGAACAGGGGCAAAGAUGCAAACCUUUGGCAAGAGUUAGACGCUUGGAAAACAUAAUUGUAUAUAUAUUUCAUUGUUUCUGUAUCGCGGCUCAAGCGUAUAUCUUUCACAAUCGCUUAUAUUUUUUUUAAAUCUUGCAUUUCGAAGAAACGAAAGGGAAAAAAGUUUGAAAAUGUCAUUUACAAUACUAUGCUGCAUUGUAACGUAUCUACGCGCGUUCGUUUUCGUUAUCAACUCGCUUCUUUCGUUCUGCUGAAAUGGAUUUUUUUUUCAAAAGAAAUAUUCGGUCGUUUUCUCUCGUUUCGCAAGAAAAUGAAAAUUCGAUAUAUAUAUAUAUAUAUCUCGUCGCCUUUGAAUUCAUGGACACGAUUGCGAAUUUAACAUUGCGUCCAGCAGGCAAGCAUGCGAACUUACCCCGUGACAAGUAUUAAAACCGUAUUUU